CGCGGCCCCGUCCCGAUCCCCGGGGGCGGCCGGACCCCCCCCCCCCCUCCCGCCCUGCGGAGCGGGGAGCGGCGCCGGGCAUGCGGGCGGUGGCGGCGCGCCGGGAGGUGGGAUGCUGUCGCGGAAGAAGACGCGGACGGAGCUCUCCAAGCCGGGCGAGGUGCAGGGGAAGUACGUGAAGAAGGAGACGAGCCCGCUGCUGAGGAACCUGAUGCCUUCCUUUAUCCGUCACGGUCCGACCAUUCCAAGACGAACUGACAUCUGCCCUCUUGACUCCACGCCCUCUGCCUACGCCCCCGGAGGAGAUGGAAUUGUUUCCAGGAACCAGAGUUUCCUCCGAACCCCAGUGCAGAGGCCGCCCCACGAAAUAAUGAGGCGGGAGAGCAACAGACUGUCUGCACCCUCCUAUCUGGCCAGGAGUCUGGCCGAUGUCCCGAGGGAAUACGGCUCUUCCUCCCAGUCCUUCUUGACAGAAGCCAGUCCCGGGCUGGAAAACGGAGACCCCGGAGCCCGGUGUUAUUAUUAUGAUCACUUUUACGAGGCCCAGAGGAGGCGGCAGGUGAGCGACCGAGCCCACGAGGACUACAACAGGUAUUACGAGCACAACAGUGAGCUUUUCCAGAGGAUGUCCCAGAAUCAUGGGAGGCACACCUCAGGCAUCGGGAGAGUUGCUGCUACAUCUCUAGGAAACUUAACAAAUCAUAGUUCUGAAGAUUUACCUCUUCCUCCUGGCUGGUCAGUGGACUGGACUAUCAGAGGAAGGAAAUACUACAUAGAUCACAACACCAACACCACUCACUGGAGCCACCCUUUGGAGCGGGAGGGGCUCCCGCCAGGCUGGGAGCGCGUGGAGUCUGCGGAAUUCGGGGUCUACUACGUGGAUCACAUCAACAAAAGAGCUCAGUACAAACAUCCCUGUGCUCCCAGCGUUCCCCGUUACGACCAACCGCCCCCCGUGUCCUACCAGCCGCAGCCGGCGGAGCGGAGCCAACCCCUGCUGGUCCCUGCCAACCCCUACCACACUGCUGAGAUCCCAGACUGGCUCCAGGUCUACGCCAGGGCUCCUGUCAAGUAUGACCACAUCCUGAAGUGGGAGCUGUUCCAGCUGGCGGACCUGGACACGUACCAGGGGAUGCUGAAGCUGCUGUUCAUGAAGGAGCUGGAGCGGAUCGUGAAGCUGUACGAGGCGUUCCGGCAGGCGCUGCUCACCGAGCUGGAGCACCGCCAGCAGCGCCAGCAGUGGUACGCCCAGCACGGCAAGAACUAUUGACCCCUCCCUCCCCACGGACUCUCUCUCUGAGGACACUCAACAGCUUUAAAAAACAAAAAAAAAGGGUUGUUCGGUUGGUGUUUUUUUUUUCCCCCCCUCACACUCAAAACUCUGAAAAGAAAAAAAAAAAAAGUGCUUUUGUUGAAAAGGCAGCUUAUUUUUGUUGACGUUGCACCUUUGUUAUUAUCCUCUUGAGUAUUUUUCUACAUGUAUUAUGUGUUGUUUAUAAAAAUGGAGAUUGUUUGGUAAUCCUUUUUUUUUUUUUUUUUGUUUUCCCUUCUCUCCAUGCAAAGGAGUAGUUUGUUAUCCUGAAAACCAGCGUGGAGUUUGAUCAGAGCCCUGAUCCCAGUCUCUUUCCUCCCAGUCAGCUGCAGUAUUAAAAGCUGACUUAUAUAUUUUUUAAGGGCAAUAGAUACAUCUGUGUGUGAAAUGUUCCGGCUUCCAAACCUUGUCCAAAUCCAAAUGACCAGUUCAGGGUGUACUUCCCUCAGGAUUUGGGAUCCCUCUCCUGAGAGAGCUCUGCUCUUUGUUUACAGCUUUAAUGUACAGAACACCAACCCUGUUCCUGUUUAGGAGCACCAGGAGCUGAUUUCUCCCAUCAGAUCCGAGCCUGAGUUGCCUUAUUUUUUACUUCAGAUUUACUACUCGUUUUCACUCAGAGGGGGAACACUUGGGACCUUCCUAAAGACCAAGAUCUCUAAGCAGAGUUUUUUUAAAUCCUGGCUAAACUGCAUUUCACAAAAUCUGACCCACUCUGGUGGGAAGGCAAUGGCAUUGUCACUGUGCCACCCCACGGGGAAAAUCAGGGAUGUAACAGCAAUUACUGUUCUUUUUUAACGAGCUUUUGUCUUUGUAUUAAAGCUCCUCACUUGGGGAAAAUUUUUAAUUGUCCACUUACCCUCUCCAGUAUUUCCAUCUGGUUCAUGAAUUGUCCUGAAAUGUUAUUUAUGGAUUCUUUUCAGUGCAAUAAACACUGCAGACAAAAAAAAGUACAUUUCUUGUAAAUCCUAUUCAUUCAAUAAAAAUCAUUUUGUUCGAUGAA